AUACUUUGCAAAAGAAAUGAUAAUAUUAUAAAGAAUGGCCCUUCGAAGGAAAUUCACUUUUGAACUUCCGGAAGACAGUUAUUGGAAUGAAUCUGACUCGAAUUCAUCCGGAUUGUUUGAUGAUUUACAAUCAAAACAACUCGAGCAGCCGUCGACAAUCUCUUCGGUGGCGAUGAGACUCCGAAGCCGUACGUCCGACCGCAGAACCCAACGCCAACUCCCACAAAUGUUCCACUGCAAAUUGACGGAAGAGCUGCUGCUGUGUCAGACAAGGCGAAUAUUCGAAUAACAGAUACCUCUCCUCGGGCUUCUGGCAAGAUUGUAGAUGAUUUCUUGAACAUGAAAUUCGCUGAGAACGUUAACGUGGCGCCAGUUAUUCAGACCGCUCCAUCUGUGGUUUCUGAAGCAAGUGCAAGUAGUUUACCAAGUGAAGCACAACGUCUUGAUUUGGAUUAUAAUCGAUUGAGACAAGAACAUCGGAAACUUAAAGAUCAGCACGAAGUUCUUCGCCACGAACGGUUUCAGCCGCUUACAAUCGAGGCUAGUAUCAAGAGAAUGCUUCAAGGGCAUACUGUAACACUGGAUUACUAUAGGUCAUUACGUGAUAAGACACAACUUUUGAAGCAAGCAGUUGCCACGUACGACAAUAAUACAAUUUUCAAGAUUGUGAUUUUUCUAGAGAGAACUCUCAAGGAAAACAUAUUCUGCAAAAUAAUGGAUGGCCAGAAAAGUGCAUGCCGAGUUUACACACGACAUCUUCAGAUCACCGGCGAGUGGGACAAGAUGAACAAGUUUUUACGUAGCAUUGGUCAGUAUCAACAUGCAUCUGUCAUUGAAUUCGAAGCUACGCGAAAAUACAAACGAAAUCCAGACAAGCGAGUCCCGUUGCUCCGAACCAUGCUUCAUGGUAGCUUCUCAAUUCCUGAAAUGAAAUUUGAAGCCCGACAAAUGGAAGCGUUGAUGAGAAACUAUGAAAUCCAAUUGCAAAUGGAGAAAAUGGAUGCUGGAGAUAAAGGAGAACAUUUCCGAAAGUUUCCAAAAACCAGCUCUCUAAUUGGAUUACCUGCUCUAUCGUCACUGUAUUAUUCAGCGAUGUACCAUUACGACGAUUCACCGACAUCUGCAGCUUCUCUACCAUCAGUUCAAACAUUGAUCCGAUUCAAUGAUCGACUUGCCACUCAAACGAUCGUCUCAGCGUUGACUCGACUAAGCCGUUGGCCAGAUAUCGAUAAGCUACUUCAACCGAAAACUAUCACCAUGACGUUCAGUGCAGCUAAAAGUGUGUUCAAAGGCAAAAAAUCAACCAGUAAAUGGGGAGUUUCCAUCAAUAAUCACAAUUUGCUGACUAUUGUAAAACGAUCUCAUCCAUCUCCACCGACUGAUUUCAUCUACCGUAUCCUGAAAGGCGAAUCUGAUGCACAAGAACGUCUUCGCCUAGCACUACUAUUUGAUGUUCCUGAAAUGGUCAUCGAGUGUCUGACACAGAAAGGAGAUCGUCUCUCGCUGGCUUCAUACGCGAAAUCUCUGAAAACAAAUUCUGUGGAAUCAUUCAAAGCGGUGGCGGCUCUCAACAAUCCGUCGAUAAAAUGGAAGUAAUUUUAUUAAUUCGCUUCAAUGUACUGUACAUGUUUUUUCACCCUCACCACAUCCCUCAUCACUUUCAUAAUUCCAUUCACGCAUAGUUAGUUGUAGAAUAUACACAAUCCUUAUCAUAUUAUAGAGCAUCAUUUCACUUCUUAAUACUAUAACAUAAUUUCACUAUUCAGUCUUGUAAAUGAUUAAGAAUUAUUCAUUUUCACUGGUUCCUCGCUCUCUCUUUUUUUCUGUAGAUGUAAAAACUUGUCGUUAUAGAUAUUUAUUUAAAUAAAAUUUAUUGUUUU